UAAGCAGCUGUUUUGAAAACAAAUAUUUAACACGUGCAUUAAGAUUUUAAUGUUUACAUACUAUUAGUAAAGAAACUAAUAAUGGGUAAGCAAAAGAAGACCAAGAAGAUUCAAAAACAGCGUAAUGCACAGCUGAAGCGUCUCCUUAAGCCAACCGAUUCCCGCAUCAAAGAAAAGGUUCGUCAGAAACGCAAGAAAGUUGCUGAUCCUCAUGAGAUUAAGGUGCAUGAAGCCACGCAGCAAAGCUCAGCACUCUUUUUCCAAUACAACACGCAACUGGGUCCUCCAUAUCACAUUGUGCUCGACACCAAUUUCAUCAACUUUAGCAUUAAGAACAAGCUGGACAUAGUGCAGGGCAUGAUGGACUGCCUGUACGCCAAGUGCAUACCUUAUAUAUCGGACUGUGUGCGUGCCGAGUUGGAGAAACUAGGUAACAAAUACAAAUUGGCCCUGCGUAUCAUAUCCGAUCCACGCUUCGAGCGAUUGCCUUGCUUACACAAAGGAACCUAUGCCGAUGACUGCCUAGUAGAGCGAGUACGACAACACAAGUGCUAUAUUGUGGCCACCAAUGACAAGGACCUAAAGAAUCGCAUACGUAAAAUACCAGGUGUGCCCAUCAUGUAUGUUGCAGCACAUAAAUACGCCAUUGAGCGUAUGCCAGAGGCUUACGGCGUUAAGGCGUAGGGUUAGCAUUAUUCUACUCUUCAAUAUAUACCUGUCUGCUGUUUUUAAAUAUA